UCUAGUUUCGCGGGGUAGAGGCAUGAUGGGGCUGAUGCCUCAAAGAUUUGGAAAUCUCUUUGACAACUUGAGGGGGGAAAGCGAAAACUGUUUCCCUUGGAAAGAUUAUCGGAAUCGUGCAUCUCCCCAGGGACUCUACUGCCAUUCUUUAGAAUCUAGAAUUCUUUUCUUAAAGGAGAACACAAGCUCCUCUCUACUUUGGAAUCGAAUUCCCAAUCAUCAGACAGAUCAACAUGACCCACAAAUGAGAACUGGGGAAUUACGCAAUCAGGCAACAACCGAAUCAUCGUUUAACGGGUUACAAGCUGUAUACAUGCGCAGGUAUCACACUCAGACAUUCCAACGUUGGACAUUCCAAGCACUACCUCAGGAUAUGGCCCGACUCCACCUCCGCUCCAUCUGUCUAGCAAACCCCUGCGCCCAUACACAUAUGACGUUCCCACAAAAAAAGACACUAUGCCCCGAUAGCGAUUAA